AAAAAAACAUAUACGUGUUAAUUAAAAGUAAACAGCGGUAAAUGUUUUGAGGAAUAUUUCGCGCUGUUUUUCGCUUGUGGUUGUUGUCAUGGUGAGGGCGGAGGAGAAAACAUGGCGUCAGAUUCAAACAGACGCUGAGGGGGUUUUAUAAUAACACGGAUUUAAACGUUUUUAUUUCGUUUCCCUACAAUAUUUCAUCAAACACUGAUGUGCGAGCAUCACAGGCCUUUAAAUAAAUCGCCCGCCGUUCGUCCACGCCAUGGCAAUCGGACCAAACGUAAAGACCCUGUCUCCACCCUGCGGGCGUCUCACCCGCGAGCUGCGGCGCCGUCUGCGCAAAACUCACCGGAGGAGAUCAACAGGCUCAGGGACGUGAUCGAUCGGCUGCAGAGAGACAGACGGGACGCUGAGAGAGAGACGGGAGAGGAUUUUACUCUCACAGCUGAGCUGAGGUGGAAGAUUAACCAGCUGGAAAAGGAGAAACUGGAUUUCGCUUCCAAGCACAAUGAAGAGGUGGCGCAGUACGAGGCGCAGGCGGCGCGGUUGCGGGCGCAGGUGGAGCGCGGCGAGGCGCAGCGGCAGACGAUGGAGUACGACAUUGCUGUGGUGAGGAGAGACGCGGCGGCGGAGAGGAGAAACACUGAGGAGAA